CCGGAUCUCCUGCGGCGGUGCGGCGGUUGCCACAACCUGGGCCGCAGCCUGGCGCCCUGUCGUGGGGCCCUCAUUUGCUCGCGCCAUGCCCUCGGCCGCCGCCCCCAUCAUCAGCUCGGUCCAGAAGCUGGUUCUAUACGAGACCAGAGCUAGAUACUUUCUAGUUGGGAGUAAUCAUGCAGAAACGAAAUAUCGUGUCUUGAAAAUUGAUAGAACAGAGCCAAAAGAUUUGGUCAUAAUUGAUGAUAGGCAUGUAUAUACUCAACAAGAAGUGAGGGAACUUCUUGGCCGCUUGGAUCUAGGAAAUAGAACAAAAAUGGGACAGAAAGGAUCUUCUGGAUUAUUUCGAGCUGUUUCAGCUUUUGGUGUUGUAGGCUUUGUCAGGUUUUUAGAAGGCUAUUACAUCGUGUUAAUAACUAAAAGGAGGAAGAUGGCAGAUAUUGGAGGUCAUGCAAUAUAUAAGAUUGAAGACACAAAUAUGAUCUAUAUACCCAAUGAUUCUGUACGGAUUACUCAUCCUGAUGAAGCUAGGUAUCUACGAAUAUUUCAAAAUGUGGACUUAUCUAGCAACUUUUACUUUAGUUACAGCUAUGAUUUGUCCCACUCACUUCAGUAUAAUCUCACUGUCUUGCGAAUGCCCCUGGAGAUGUUGAAGUCAGAGACAACCCAGACUCGCCAGGAGAGUUUUGACAUCUUUGAAGAUGAAGGAUUAAUUACACAGGGUGGAAGCGGUGUGUUUGGGAUCUGUGGUGAGCCUUAUAUGAAGUAUGUGUGGAACGGUGAACUUCUGGAUAUAAUUAAAAAUACUGUUCAUCGUGACUGGCUGUUGUAUAUUAUUCAUGGGUUCUGUGGGCAGUCAAAAAGUAACAACGAAAAUGUACCCAUCCUGCCGUUAGCCACGUCCUCUCCUUUGAGUGCUCCUUGUCUACUCGGUGAUGUUGCAAAUGAAGUGGAGACUGAACAAAUACUCUGUGAUGCUUCUGUGAUGUCUUUUACUGCAGGAAGUUAUUCUUCUUAUGUGCAAGUUAGAGGAUCAGUUCCCUUAUACUGGUCUCAGGAUAUUUCAACUAUGAUGCCUAAGCCACCCAUUACAUUGGAUCAGGCGGAUCCAUUUGCACAUGUGGCUGCCCUUCACUUUGACCAGAUGCUUCAGAGGUUUGGCUCCCCCAUCAUCAUCUUGAAUUUAGUGAAGGAACGAGAGAAAAGAAAGCAUGAAAGAAUUCUGAGUGAAGAACUUGUCGCUGCUGUGACUUACCUCAAUCAGUUUUUGCCUCCUGAGCACAUUAUUGUUUAUAUUCCUUGGGAUAUGGCCAAGUACACCAAAAGCAAGCUGUGUAAUGUUCUUGAUCGACUGAAUGUGAUUGCAGAAAGUGUGGUGAAGAAAACAGGUUUCUUUGUAAAUCGCCCUGAUUCUUACUGUAGCAUUUUGCGUCCAGAUGAAAAGUGGAAUGAACUAGGAGGAUGUGUGAUUCCCACUGGUCGCCUGCAGACUGGUGUUCUUCGAACCAACUGCGUAGACUGUUUAGAUCGCACCAACACAGCACAGUUUAUGGUGGGAAAAUGUGCUCUGGCCUAUCAGCUGUAUUCCUUGGGAUUGAUUGACAAACCUAAUCUACAGUUUGACACAGAUGCAGUAAGGUUAUUUGAAGAACUUUAUGAAGACCAUGGUGAUACCCUAUCUCUUCAGUAUGGUGGUUCUCAACUUGUUCAUCGUGUAAAAACCUACAGAAAAAUAGCGCCAUGGACCCAGCACUCAAAAGACAUCAUGCAAACCCUGUCUAGAUAUUACAGCAAUGCUUUUUCAGAUGCUGAUAGACAAGAUUCCAUUAAUCUGUUCCUGGGAGUUUUUCAUCCCACUGAAGGGAAACCUCAUCUCUGGGAACUCCCAACAGAUUUUUAUUUGCAUCACAAAAAUACUAUGCGACUUUUACCAACAAGAAGAAGUUAUACUUACUGGUGGACACCAGAGGUAAUAAAGCAUUUACCAUUGCCUUAUGAUGAAGUUAUCUGUGCUGCAAACUUAAAGAAGUUGAUAGUGAAGAAGUUUCACAAAUAUGAAGAAGAGAUUGAUAUCCACAAUGAGUUCUUUCGACCGUAUGAAUUAAGUAGUUUUGAUGAUACCUUCUGCUUGGCUAUGACAAGUUCAGCACGUGACUUCAUGCCUAAGACUGUCGGCAUUGAUCCAAGUCCGUUUACUGUGCGUAAACCAGAUGAAACUGGAAAAUCAGUAUUGGGAAACAAAAGCAAUAGAGAAGAAGCUGUACUACAGCGGAAAACGGCAGCCAGUGCCCCACCACCCCCCAGUGAGGAGGCUGUGUCCAGCAGCUCUGAGGAUGACUCUGGGACCGACCGGGAAGAGGAGGGCUCUGUGUCUCAGCGCUCUACUCCUGUAAAGAUGACUGAUGCAGGAGACGGUGCCAAAGUGACCGAGAAUGUGGUCCAACCCAUGAAAGAGGUAUAUGGAAUUAACCUCUCAGAUGGCCUCUCAGAAGAAGAUUUCUCCAUUUAUUCAAGAUUUGUUCAGCUGGGGCAGAGCCAACAUAAACAAGACAAGAGCAGCCAGCAACUCUGUUCCAGGUGCUCAGAUGGAGUUAUAAAAUUAGCACCCAUCUCGGCUUUCACGCAAGACAACAUCUAUGAAGUUCAGCCCCCAAGAGUAGACAAAAAAUCUACAGAGAUCUUCCAAGCGCACAUCCAGGCCAGUCAAGGUAUCAUGCAGCCCCCAGGAAAAGAGGACACCGCUGUGUACCGAGAGUACAUCAGAAACAGAUACCUGUGAGGAGAGUGCCGCUCCGCGUGGUGGCCCUGAGGGGACCAAGAAAGCCACAGUUGAUUAGGUUGUAAUGUGUUUUGUCUCAUCUUAAAAAGUCAAUUUCUGAAAAGUCCUUUGCAUCUGAAGCUUUUCCCUCCUUUUCUAACUCAUAAAUUACAAAUUAUAGGUAAUAAAGAAAUGACUGAAUAUUU